CAGGGCACAUUGGCACAAACACACAUUGGCUUCAUGUGCGUCAUCCAGGCCUGCAGAAGAGACACGUGAACUAUAAAUGGGCUGCCUGGGAAGGUGUGCUGGCUAGCUGGCGGAUGGUGGUCAGCAGCAAUGAGCACCAACACGUGUGAACAAUGACUGACCACUCCUUGCUUGCUGCCUUGUAUGCUUGGGCGUGCGCACCGGCGGCACAGUAGCCUGCAUUUGAUGGCGAUGAGGGGUCGUGGGCGCUCGCGCAAUCUCACCGAACCCAGGUUUUUUGGGGGCCGAUCAGCGAUGGCCGGCGGCCCCCUUCCAAGGCCCGCGUAUUGACCUGCCGACAUCCGGGACGUGUUUUCAUGUCCUCUGGUGGCGCAAACCAAUGGCUGGAAAUCAGCAGCCUCCAGAAAAAGCCAUCUGUGUCCCGCCAUUGGUGGUUGGUCAUGAGCUAGCAUCGAGACCAGCUCACGGUUUUUUGUUUUCGACCGGAAAGCUUGAAUGAGCCUAAUCCUUUGCAUGCGAUUCAUCAUUUGGACAGUUGGCUCCGAUGUGCUCGUCUUCUGCGCUUCUCGGCUGGACGAGAGGGGUGCAGUGCGGGAUUUUUUUUGCUGUUCGUCUGCGAAAACAGCGCUCCUCUCGGCCGGCCCGACGUGGCCGGGAAGACACACCGUAUCCGGCAACAUAUAACCCGUCGCGGACAUGAAUUUGCGCCCGCGCGCCCAGAUCGGCCACGUUUUGCCUCAUGGUGACGCGCAGAUGCCUCCAAGGCUCAUCAGCCGGGAUGCGACGAUGCCCCCGGGCUGGAGAUUGCGCCGUGGUCGCUGCAAGGUACCCGCCACGUCCAUCUGCCGUAGGGAGGCCUGCGGCUGCGAUCCGGCGCCCCGAGACGGAUCUCAUGGGGUCGAGGGCGAUGGGUGCAUUAAUGACUUGAAUGCCUCGGACUCGGAAUAAUCUUACGGACAGUGCCGAGAUGUACCUAAACAUGGCUGCUUUAUAGGCGCCAUGCGCAAUACCACUCUUUGUCCUAUCUAGCCGAGCCGCCUGGGCAACGUGGGCGUAUUUAGCCGGCCAUUGUUACGUGAGAAUUUCAUCCGGAUAACCUAGACCUGCCAAAUGUACAGUGAAAAGAAAAUCUAAAUACAGGAAAUGGUGGCGGCGGAUGUUCAUAAAAGGUCUUUCUCGCAAUGUGAUGCAUAAUGAGGAACGAAUCGCUGCGCCAAUGCCGCCUGACUUGCGGCUAGAAAGUGUGAAUGAGGGAUGCAAAGUGACUGGGCCAGAGGUCUCUCUGGAGAUGGAAAUAUGGAAGCAUAUACCUAUAGCUUUACAAAAGCCUGCAUCUAAUGAUGAUCUUGUUACAACUAGUCGUCACGAUGCGAGCUGCUUGAAU